CUGACCUGAGUCUUGCAGAGCCAGACCAGCCCGGCCACUACCAGCAGCCUUGGUCCUACAUCCUCCUGAAGUUGGCUGGUGUCACCUGACCUGAGUCCAGCGGGAACCCACCUCCAGCGGGGCAGAGAUCAGGAGCCCAUCCAGACUCUCAGAAGGGGAGGCACAGUGUAUUCUAUGCCCCACAUUUUGGCCUAGCUCAGGACUCCAUCAUCUGGUCUCUGCCCACCAGUACGGAAGAAUUGAGGCCUGGCCGACCAGCCAUGACCCUGGGGAGGGGGUUGGCUCUCGGAGAGCUGGGUCAUUAUUUGUUGACUGACUAACAGAUUGGCCAAGUUUGAAAGCCCAGCCCACCAAGUGGUGGGGUGUGUCCAGGAGGGUGGAAGGAGGGAUUGUGUUACAGUAAGGGGAGUGGUGGGCAGAGCCUGGCCCUGUGCCAGGUCCAGCACUGCCCACAGGCUGGGCGAAGGCGCCAGCAGUUUCCAGCAGGAUGGACAUCAAAAAGGACCUCCCACCCAUCAACAGCCACAGGGCCCUUCACAUAUGGAUCAUUGAGAACCUGGAGAUGGUGCCAGUGCCAGAGAGGGCUUAUGGAAACUUCUUCAUGGAACACUGCUACAUUGUCCUCCACGUUCUCCAGAGCCUGAAAGCCCAGCAAAGGACUCCCGGUGACCUGCAUUAUUGGGUCGGGAAGGAGGCGGGCGAAGAAGCAGAGAUCGCGGCGGGUGCCUUUGUGCAACACUUGCAGGGGGCGCUGGGCGAGGCCACCGUGCAGCACCGGGAAGCCCAGGGCCAUGAAUCCGACUGUUUUCGCAGCUACUUCCGCCAGGGAAUCAUCUACAGGAAGGGAAGCCUGGACUCUUCCCUGAAGCAUGUGGAGACCAAUAUGUACAACAUUCAGCGACUGCUGCGCAUCAAGGGGAGGAAGCACGUAUCCGCCACUGAGGUGCAGCUCUCCUGGAACAGCUUUAAUAAGAGUGACGUCUUCCUGCUGGACCUGGGCAAGGUGAUGAUCCAAUGGAAUGGGCCCAACACCAGCAUCACUGAGAAGGCACGGGGACUGGCCCUGACCUGCAGCCUGCGGGACAGGGAGCGGGGUGGUCGUGCACAGAUUGGUGUGGUGGAUGAUGAGGUCGAAGCCACUGACCUCAUGCAGAUCAUGGAAGCUGUGCUGGGCCACAGAGUGGCCAACCUGCAGGCUGCCAUACCCAGCAAGAGCAUUGACCAGCUGCAGAGGGCCAAUGUCCGCCUCUACCAUGUCUACGAGAAGGGCAAGGACCUGGUGGUCCAGGAGUUGGCAACCUGCCCACUGACCCAAGAUCUGCUGCAGGAGGAGGACUGCUACUUCCUGGACCAGGGUGGUUUCAAGAUCUACGUGUGGCAGGGGUGCCUGUCCAGCUUCCAGGAGAAAAAGGCUGCAUUCAGCUGGGCUCUGGGCUUCAUCCAGGCCAAGGGCUACCCGACCCACACCAACGUGGAGGUGCUAAGCGACGGCGCCGAGUCGGCCGCGUUCAAGCAGCUCUUUCGGACGUGGACAGAGCGAUGCAGCACCAGGACCCCCAGCUGGAAGGGUACCCCGAAUCUGGUAAAGCUGGACGUGGGCAAGCUGCACAGCCAGCCUGAGCUUGCGGCCCAGCUCAGGAUGGUGGAUGAUGGCUCCGGGAAGGUGGAGAUAUGGUGCAUCCAGGACUCAUGCAGGCAGCUCGUGGACCCGGAGCAUCAUGGACAGUUGUGCUCAGGCAACUGCUACCUGGUGCUCUACACCUACCAGAAGAUGGGCCGUGUCCAGUACCUCCUGUACCUGUGGCAGGGCCACCAGGCCACUGUGCAUGCGAUCAAGGCCCUGAGCGACAACGCUGAGGAGCUGGACCUCAUGUACCACGGAGCCCUGGUGCUGGUGCACGUCACCAUGGGCAGUGAGCCCCCUCACUUCCUCUCCAUACUCAAGGGCCAGCUGGUGGUCUUCCAGGACAGCACUGGGCACUAUGGGGCGACGCCGUCAGCCUCUGCCACGAGGCUCUUCCACGUGCAGGGCACCGACAGCCACAACAGCAGGACCAUGGAGGUGCCAGCCCGCGCCACAGCCCUCCACUCCAGGGACAUCUUCUUGCUGGACACGUCUAGCAUCUGCUACCUCUGGUUUGGGAAGGGCUGCAGCGGUGACCAGCGUGAGAUGGCACGGGUAGUGGUCGCUACCAUCUCCAGGAAGAGCAAGGAGAUGGUGCUGGAGGGUCAGGAGCCGCCCCACUUCUGGGAGGCCCUGGGAGGCUGGGCUCCCUACCCCAGCAACAGGAGACCCCAGGAGGACGUCUUCAACUUCCAGCCACGACUGUUCGAGUGCUCCGGCAAGGUGGGCUGCCUGGUCCUCAUGGAAGUGGUGUUUUUUAGUCAAGAGGACCUGGACAAGCAUGACGUCAUGUUACUGGACACCUGGCAGGAGAUCUUCCUGUGGCUUGGGGAAGCUGCCAGUGAGUGGAAGAAGGAGGCGGUGGCCUGGGGUCAGGAGUACCUGAAGACUCACCCAGCAGGGAGGAGCCUGGCUACACCCAUCGUGCUGGUCAAGCAGGGCCAUGAACCUCCCACCUUCACUGGAUGGUUCCUCACCUGGAACCCCUACAAGUGGACUAACAACCCAUCCUAUGAGGAGGUGGUGGAGGGCAGCCUGGGAGCCAUAUCUGCCAUCUCUAGGAUCACAGCAGAAGUCAACAAAUUCCACUUGUCCAGUUGGCCAAGAAAUGGCAGGGCAGGCACCUUGGGCCUGCAGACCUUCAGGAGCUCCCACGACAGCUUAGAGAGCGAGCUGGAGCUGAGCUCCAAGACAGGUGGCAGCACCAGCAGCAGCCACAGCAGCAGCAGCUACCCCAGCAGCCCCAGAGCCACCAUCAACGGGGGCCUGCGCCGCGAACAACUCAUGUACCAGGCUGCCAAGGACCUGCCAGAGGGUGUGGACCCGGCCCACAAGGAGUCAUAUCUCUCAGAUGCAGACUUCCAAGAUAUCUUUGGGAAGUCCAAGAAGGAAUUCUACAGCAUGGCCAAAUGGAGGCAGCAGCAGGAGAAAAAGCAGCUCGGCUUCUUCUGAAUGCAGGUCCCACCUGUGCCAGUGCCACCCACCUGACCAACACGCCUGAGGGUACCUCCACUCACACCGAAGUCCCGGGGGAGGCCCUCUGCUGGGACCCCUCUUGGGUUCCCCUUCCAACUUGUCAGUAAAAUCUUGUCACCCUCACAGGGUGUGGUGUGUGUGCUGCCCAGCCUGGGCCACGCUGUGGGUACACCUUGGGGAACACGCCCCUGGGGCUGGUGGUGGUGCCACAUUCCAGAAAAGGACUGAGCUCUCUGUGCCCUCCUCCAUGGAGGGGUUUGUUUCUUGCUGGUCCCUUCUCCCCAAGAGUCCGAAAAACCCUGCUCACGUGUGAGUGCAGAGAAGAUAGAGAGAUGUUGGGGUUCCUCUUGGGGUAUACAUGCGCACACACACACAUACACACUUUACAGGGAUGUUUCUGAUGUGCAGGUAAAGA